AUGGGGUUUUCGUCACUCUUUAGUGUUUCCAAUUUCGUCACGCCUCAAGAAUUGGAAUCCGUAUUGGCCAAGAUUCCCAAGGACGGUACUCCUGAGGACUUUGAUGAGUUACGCAACAAUGAGAAGGGGCCAUCGAGAGAAGACGGAGUUGGCCUCAUUAGUAAAAUGACAGAAUUUAGGGCGUCUUCCGAGAUGAUUUAUCAAGGGAAUAUGACCAAGCUCGACGGUGCUCGUGAGCUGCUUUCUAGCGCGCGAGAUGUCAGGUAUCUCAGCCUGUUCGAAAUCGCAGACAUGCUGCUCCCGGGAAAUUUGAAAGGGGAAGAUGGCUUCCCCCCUCCGGCCUUGUACGCUGUACAUACGGCAUUGUCUCGCAAUGAUAUUGCAUUCAGUCCAUUGAGCCCUUCGGCAGACUGUCACCGGCGCGACCACUUAUUCGAGGUGUUUCCCCAAAACCACGCACAAGUCAUCACGAAAAUUGCAGCUUGGGUACGCGAAUACACAGACUCGAGUGCGAAGAAAAUGCGGCCACUCAAAGACAGUGAAUUGGAGGAGGUCGCUCUGGGAAGAUUCAUCAUCCAAGCAAGAGAGGCUGUUUCAUACAGCCGUCAGACCCGGGAAUGGACUCCCCAUGGUAUAUUAAAAACAUCACCCAGCGUGACGUUACCCAAGGUGGACUGGUUCUCUGUUAGUAAAGACGUCAUUUUAUUCCUGGAGUGGUGGGCAAGCUACGAUCUGUUCGGCGCCGGAUCCCGAUUUCAUUCAUAUGGUGCACUCAUUCUUCGGUCACUAAGGCUCUAUGAUGAUGCCACCCUCGAUCAGAGUACUGCUUGGACCUUUCUUCAGGAAAUUGGGGUUAUAGCGCCAUGGGAAAUCCCCUCCCGGUACAGGGUUCGUUUUCCAGGAACCACCAUUGCCAGAGGCGGUGGGAUUAGUCGUCCCAAACCCAAAGACCUGCUCAAGUCUACACGACCUGAUAUUGCAGAAGGUAGCAGAAAGCUGCGAGCCGGGUCGCCAAUAUUUUGCAUCGAUGCACCAUCCACAAUGAUCAUCGAUGAUGGUGUUUCACUGGAGCAUACUGAUCAGCCUGGCGAAUUCUGGAUUCACGUGCACGCGGCAGACCCUGCCUCGGGCAUUCAACCCAACUCGGAAUUGGGGAGGUUCAUGGAACUGAUUCCGGAGAACAUCUACCUCCCGGGCCACUUCCAGGCAAUGCUGCCAUCAGAGCUGGGAGAGGAUGAUGCCAAGGACUACAAGUCAGAGAGCUUGGUCAAACAGUAUUCACUUCAAACUGGCUGUCCCGCAUUGACCUUUAGCGCAAAAGUCAAUGAAGCCGGUGAUGUUCUUGACUAUCAAGUUGAACCCAGCACACUAGAAGAAGUCACAUAUCUGGAUCCUGAAGAUGUAGCCGAGUUCUGCGGAGAGCAGACACCACCGGCCGUUACAGGCUACAGCUUUGAAGUCGGAACACCCCCGGACGCUACAACAGCAACCCCUGAGCGCAAUAUGACAGCUGUGCAAGACUUGGACGCAAAAAGCAAGGAGGACAUCCUGACUCUUUAUCGCCUUGCCGAAUCAAUGAAACAAAAAAGGUUAUCCAAAGGGGCAUGGCCAUACUUUUUCCCACGACCAUCGGUUCAAGUGUCUUUUCACGAUGCAAUACCGGAAGUUGGGGCUAUCCAGGGGGCUACUUUAUUCCCGCCAGACCCGUACAUUAAAGUCGGCACCGAAAGCUCUACGGGUUGUUCUGUUGUGUCCAACACGAUGGUUCUCGCAGGAGAAGUUGCGGCACGAUGGUGUUCCGACCGCGGCAUCCCGAUUCCAUAUCGUAAGGAUGCCAAGUCAGCAGAAAAUUUCGAGGGAGCAUUCAACUUUGCGACAAAAGAGAUUUAUCCUUUGAUCUACCAAGGCAUCGAGCCAUCAGCCACUCAUCGGCAAGAGCUAUCAAGGUUGACGGGAGGAAUCCAACUUUCAUCGGAACCUGGACCAUAUUUCCUUCUAGGACUAGACAUGUACACCAAGGCAACGUCACCGCUACGCCGAUUCUCAGAUCUUCUUGUGCACUGGCAAAUACACGCAGCGCUAGCAUUCGAAAGGAAGAUGCAGCGACGAAUUGAUGCAACAACUGACGUGUUGGAUGGCAUUCUCCCAUUCACGACUACGUCGCUAAGCAACACACUCCCACUUCUGCAAAUGCGCGAAAAAAUGGCCAAGACAGUGUCACGCGGCACAUUAGACUGGAUUCUUAUUGCGCUCGUCCGAGCGUGGCGCUUCGAAGACAAGGCGCCACGCACGCUUCGCUUCACAGUUAGCUCACGCUGGCGUCAGGGGGUACUAGGCCACUUGGAUAUGUUCGACCUGAGCGCCACCAUGGACGUUUCUGGGUUGAACGGCUGCCGCCUCGUCAAAGACGUUCGCGUUGGCGAUGAGUUUGAAGUCGAGCUGGCAGACGUAAAUGUGCACUCGAGACAAAUUUUGGUUAAAGCACUGAGAUACCUCGGCAGCCAGCAUCCUCUUGACUCUAGCAGUACUUCAGUAGCUGGGAUUGUAAGGGAAACCAACGCUCGCAUUAGCUCCGUAUAA